GGCGGCAGAAAGUAAGGACAAAGGAAACCAACGAUAGUUAAAUAAGUGCAAAAGGAAAAUUGAAACCAUUUUAUGUGCGGAGUAGGCAGGCCCCAUUCCAUACAAGUUUUAUACUCUCCGAAUGUCAUUUCUUCAGUAAAUUUUCCUCGCUUGAAACACACACGAUCCACAUAGAUCCAGACAACAUAUUUUCUAGUGAACAAAAACGGUAAAAUCGAACAAUGAGUGACCUUAAAAUGACCGUGUCCCUGACCAGCGUCAACGGAGAGAACAUGUCGCGCCAUGACAUGCUCCAAUGGGUCAAUACCAUGGUGCAGGGCAAAUUCAAAAAGAUCGAAGAGCUCUGCUCAGGUGUUGCCUACUGCCAAAUGAUGGAGCUGAUCUUCCCCAGCUGCAUCAACCUAAAGCGCGUGAAGAUGAGCGCCAAGCUGGAGCACGAGUGCCUGCACAAUCUCAAGCUGUUCCAGGGCGCCUUUACACGGCUCAAGCUGGACAAAACUGUGCCCAUCGAUCGCUUGAUCAAGGGCCGCUUCCAGGACAACUUUGAGUUCCUGCAGUGGUUUAAGAAGUUCUUCGACUCGCAGGCUCCUGGCUUGGAGAACAUCAAAUCGGCGGCCAAUGCGCCCAUUCCGAAACCAAUCAAGCCGCGCGUCUUCGUCAAGGGACAAGUCAGAACAGUUUCGCCACCAUCUAGCGAUAUAGGGGCAGAGGACGAUCUAGCCGUUAGGGACUUAUUAAGAGAGGUAGAGACCUUGAACUUGAAUACCAUCAGCGCCAUGGAGACACGCGACGAUAUCUAUGGCAAGCUUCUUGAAAUCGAAGUCCUGAUGGACAACAUGAUAGAAGCCAAGAAGCACGUGGAUUUCUGCAAUCGCAUCUGUGCCGUGCUGUACAAGACCAUGGAUGGCCAGGCCGCUACACAGAUUCAGCCAAGCAACGGAAAUGCCAAUGGUAACGCCGUCUCCGACAGUGCAUUGGUCACGCCAGAGCCUAAUGAAGAGGAUUGAGGCAUUUUAGAGUGUCAUUGUUGUUCUUAUUUUAUUUUGUAGCAUUAAAGUAUUAAAGUUAUUGUGCAUUAA